UUGAUGUGAGAUAGAGAUAAGCGAAUUCGGCCUUGAGGUGGUUUCGUUUUCGGCAGUCUCGUUUUGACAUUUCUUGUACGGAUUCCUCCCGUAAUUGACGCUAUUUAUUUAUAUCGAUGAUAAGGUGUGAAGUUUUUUGUUUGUGUUUUCCAGUUUCGGAAGGUUAAAAGUACGUAAAUUGGAUCCGUGAAUGAAUGCAUCGUUUGCGGAAAGAUGACCGAGUUAUUAGUUUCGCGAGGUGAUACCUUUCCGAGAUCGUUUUUAGAUACAUAUCGUACAAGUAAUAAAAGUGCCAGAGCGGACGAACUUUAUGACUUAAAAAGUAGCAAAAGUGACGAGUUAGUGCUACAAACGACCGAUGUGCCGAUGGUCGGCGAAAUUUGCCACGGUCAUUCGGAGAAUCUUCUCGAUUCCGCCGGUUGUAUGUCCCCGACGGAAGGUAACUUUUUAGAUAAGCCUGAUGUUAUGACAUUACCCCAUCGGCAUAGACGACGAGUGCCCGUAUAUGAUAAGGUCGAUCCAGAAGAUAGCAUUAGAGAUAUAGUUAGUGAAAAUGAUUUUUAUCGGUUUGUACUUUUUAAGAAACAUUACGAUAAGUAUUUACAUCUUGCGCAAAAGUAUGAGGAAGCUAGAAAUAUUGCUUACUAUUUGGAGGAAAAGUAUCAUGAAGUGAAGAUGGAAAGGGACGAUCUUCUUCAGCAAAGGGAAAAUUUAGCAAAACGGUUAGAAUCAAACGAAUCCCUUGUGAAAGAGAAAGAAGAUGAGGUGUUCGUUCAGCUUGAAAGAGUUGUCUAUUUAGAAGAACAAUGUGAUAAGGUAAUUGAGAAUUUUAUUCAUGCAUUUUGACCACUGCAAAUACUUAUAUUAUUAAAUCAGAACGUCCACUUUAACAAACCAUGUCAUUCAUACUUCCAGACCAGAGUAGUGAUCCAUUUCACAGUUAACAGAAAGAAAAUUUGAUUGGUCACAGUUUGUACAAUGGAAGUUGACACAUCCUGUAUGCAAGUUGUAUAGAGAUUUUAAAUGUUUACAUCAACUGAGUCGUUAAGAAAAUCAACUUACAUUAGAAUAGAUUGUAUAUUAUUUGGAAAAAAGGUACCUAAUCAGUAAUCAGUUCAAUGUGAAUAAAGAUUAUGUAUGGGCUGCAUUAAUUUGUUUUUAAUUUUUUCUGUCUGACGUAAGUAGGGAAAACCAGAAAGUACAUUGUUGUAAUAUUUAAAUAAGAUGCAUUUUCCCAUAGAGCAGCUUGUUUAUAAUGAGGUUGCAUUAAGUUGCAACAAGGCUCGA